AUGGAGUUCAGUGAGACCGGUUGUCUUACGGCUGUAUGUUUGGCAAUAUAUUACUCCACAUCACAUCGUCUGGAAGUGUAUGUGAACAAUACUUUUGUCCCUCCUACCAAUGCAGAAUGGAAUGUUGAGCACACUGACUUCACACUAAAAGGUCCAACCUACACAGGAGAAUGCAUUCCCAAGUUGGACUCCCCUGUCCCUGGAGCAAAUUACUUUGACAGAACAUACCAGAUGCUUAAUGUCCUAGUGAGAAGAUCGACUCUAAUCGAGGUCCACACAUCUCCUGUCCUUCACAUCUCCUUUAAUCUACCCGCAAUGACCAUGGAUGAAUUCUAUGGUCCCAACCUAGUAGAGAAUCUCGCGCUGUUCCUAAAUGUGCCUCCAAGUAAAAUCUGCAUUACUAUUAUUGUCCAGGAGACAGGGCAUCGCAGGAAACUUGCUACAGGGAUUACAGUCAAAGUGGAAAUUGGAGACCCCCCAUUGGAGCAGUUCUCAUCAGGCAGAAUGUCCAGGAGAAGCUCCAGGACAAGCAACCCAAAUAUCGACAGUUCAAAUCCCAGGAAAGCAUGUUAUGGAAUUGAAUUGAAAAAGUCCGACAAUAUCUGUGUCAGCAAAAAGAAAGUGGCCACGACAAACUGUAAUCUGCAUUUCUCCGAUCUGAGGGAAAUUGCCAGUAGUCUUGGUGAGGCAAAGCUCAGUAGGAACCUCAAUACUUCCCUGGGUUUUACAGUCUCUGCAAUGGAUAUCUCCAGUCCAGUCCCACCUCCAGGUGACGCACAGUGGACCCAGGAUAACUGUGUGUCAGUGGGUGUUACCUCAUGGGAACCGAAUGCUAUCCUCAUGGAUUCUCAGAAUGUGACCAUUCCAGGACUUAAUGGGACAACAAGUAUCUUGUUCAAUGGCUGUUGGGCAAAUUACACUGACCUCGCAAUCAGCACAACGGGAACCAGCUACAAACUAAUGUUCCAACUGAAGUCAAUUCAAACUCGUUCUAACAUCUUCUCUGUGGAACCAACAUUCCAGUCAAGCCGCCGUUAACACCAAGAUGAUUCAGCCUUCUGCCGGGUCAGAUGCACAAGACAAGAAGCACAUCGACACAGUAACUGCUGACAAUCCAGGCCACUCUCUCCCACCUGUGCAAAACUGACCAGCUCAAUGCAUGAUAAAUGGUAAAAUGUUCUCCACUGUGCUACUUCUGGUUAAAUAAAGAAUACAGCCUGUUGCAGUUUUCUGCACUGACCUCUUUCC